AUGGGAUUGACUGGUAAGUUAAUUGCGCAGUUAGAGUUUGAGGCUGGUGGAGAUGUGUUUCAUGAAUUUUUCAGGCAUAAUCCUCACCAGUUAUCCGAUGCCUGUGUUGGAAAGGUACAUGCUUGUGAAUUGGUUGAAGGAGAAUUCGGAAAAGUCGGCUGCGUCGUUAUUUUCAGAUACUCUCAUGAUGAUGGGAAACAGCAGAGUGCAAAAAUGGUGCUUGAUUCUAUUGAUGAAGAGAAACAGGCAUUGGUUGUAAAGGUUCUUGAAGGAGAUGUGAUGGAAUUCUACAAGACAUUCACCAUAACUGUUCAUGUUGAAACGAAAGAUGAGAUCGACCAUGUUACAUGGACUUUGGAGUAUGAGAUGUUGCAUGAAGAUGUUCCGCAUCCAAUUUCAUGGUUGGCAUACUACAUUGAUAUCACCGUAGACGUUGAGACUCAUCAUCUUGCGAAGAAUUGA